CAGUGCUGCAGACUAACGACUAACCCUGAGUCUGAGCACACUGACGGGGUAUUUGGUGAGAGUUUACAGCAAAAGUCUUCAUUUCUUGGUAUUGCGAAGAAUAUACUGCAAUGAUGGGAAAUUAUGAAUAUGCCAUGCUUCUACGUAAAGAGCAUAGCAUCUAGCUCUUCACAUAGCGUCAUUAUCAGAUUAUGACCAUGCUGUUUAUGAUGGCCUGAUCUAAAGAAAUGAUUUUGGAGCAAGGUAAUUCUUCACCUUAUCAAGGUUCACCUGACUGACGUUAAAGGAAGGAUCAGGAAAUAUUGCUAUGCGUGAGGACUGGUUGACAGAAGUCCAGAACCGAGAGGGCCUUAUUCUUGUAUUUGUCAACUACACAUUUUUCUCCAUUGUUUCCUUGAUCUGCUUGUUGUUUGUACUGUGUCUGACGCACACAACUUCUCCUCCAAGUGACAUAAUGUACUCCAUCUCAUUUAUUGCCAACACUUUUGUAGUCAUCAACAUUUUAUUGGCAGAUUAUGUUGUGUAUACGAUCAAUUCUCAUAGAGAGAUCAGAGUAAUGUGAUGAAUAGUUUCAAAAUCAUCAGAUCUGAUAAUCUUUUGAAAGUAGAGUGACCAAAAUUACUUCUGACAAUCAUGUCGUCUUCCAAAAAUAUCAAACAGAUGAUUCGUAACAUCAGUGCUGGAGUAAUUCAGAUAGGAAGUCAGGAGAAUGCGGAACCCAGUGGUUCAUUCCAAGAUGGAAUAACUCCUCUGAGUCCCUCAUCCAAGUUCACGGAAUCAAAGAUAAACAUCCCAGGACAGAAUUUGAUAAAAUACAUGAUGUUGUCUCACUGGGAUAAUAUCCUAGGACCUCGAGUCGUUCAUGUAUGGAACAUGGGAACCACAUCAUUGGAUAUGAUUCUGUUGUCAAGAAUCAGCAGUCAGAGUUUGAGUGGGGAGAUCUGUCGGGAAGUGACAAAUUUUGUAGAUCACAAACUCUAUGAGAUUCCUGAUGCAGAUGUUUUCGUGACUGCUUUUAUUUUUUCAGCCCUGGGCAUCAGUGGGCCCUGUCUUCAUGCAUUGUCCAUAGUGAUACAAAAAGCAGACAUGAUGUUCUACUUGAAUACUCAACAGCUGUUUCAGAAAUGUUUUGAAAGGAUUAUUGGAAAAUUCAAAGUCAUUCUUAGUCAGGUGUCAAUGGACUCAACACUAGAAACUACUUAUAAGGAGUUUGAUGAGCUUUGUCAUCCGUGUAUUGCCAACAUUGGAUAUCUUAAAAAGUCACACUUUCCCCAGAAAAUUAUGUUGUCCUCUACAUAUCUGUGUCCAGCCCAUCAUUUAGACAGAGACUUCCUGAGCUGUUGUAUAAGUUCCCACCUAUCUACAUUUUGUCGGAGUUUUGUGAUAGGGGACAAAGCAGAUAGUGUUAAUAUGAUGCUGAAAACCUUAAGUCUGUUUAAUUUACCAAAAGAAAGAUCCUGUUCUAGGCUUGUUCAACAGAAUGAACCUCAGCACUACCACCACGAUAUGUGGCUUCAGGGCCAAGUCCAGACUUCAGACCAGCUUGAUUUACCUGUCUCUGAAAUCCUGUACAGUGAGUACCCUGUUACAGUUAUUGAUUUGUCCCAGAAAAUGGUUCGGGAAUCUCCCACCUACAGUGAACAUGUCACUCACUCUCAGGAUCAACGAUACAAUGAACUAAUAGGUCUGAAGUACGGAGACACAGAACCUAGCAUUCCACAAGGAGAACUGUUUUCCCUGCAUGAUAAAUCUGACACAAUUGUCUUAGGACUACUAGAUGAACUGGACAAGUUGCCAUCAGAGUGCGGGGUUAGGGAGGCUUAUAUUCAACAGUUUAAUAGAAGCAUACAGCGUAAGGCUUUAUGCAUCAUAAAGUACAUUGAAGGAGAAACGAAUUCAGGAACACUUCCAUUUAGAGGUGAUUUUAAGAAACUCCAAAAAGAUAUAUGCAUACUAUCUGAAGGUGACUUUAGGAUCUAUUUAUCUGCUGCAGAGAAGCUGAAGCCGGGAUUAAUCUGGUUUUUGUAUUCUCCUAAAUACAUUCGGGAACAAUCAAAUUCUGCCAUGGUAGGAAGUCGACCUUAUGCUCGCUAGUCAGAAUAUUCCUUUGAAUUAAUAAAAAUGCACAGAAUAAAUGUACUGUGGGUUUAUAUUGAGCCAUUCCUUUUCACAACUUUUAUUGUUAUUUUGGAAUCAGAUUGAAAUGUUUUCCUCUUGUGAAUCAAAAAUGAUUUUAUGUUUAACUUUCUAUACAACUUUAACUCUUUUUAUUCUUUUUAUUUGCUAACCCUUUUGAGGGCUGUUCCAGUAAAACAUACAUGGGGCAGGGGGAAGGCACUUGAAAAUUAGGAUGACCACCCAUAAAAGUGAUUUUGGUACACUCCUAUCCACCUAUAGAGGCAAAUAAUGAAGCUUUAUAGGCACUUAUAGAUUUAAAAUAUUCCCAAAUCAGAAUUUUUUUUCCAUCAUACAGCACAAAAUACUUUUUCAUCUUGAUAUCAACUUUUUUUCAGUAUUCAAAACAUACAAAUUCCUUUCAAGCAUAAUUUACAGAAGGCCAAGAUUACCUCUGUCAAUCAUGUGUUCUUCUGAUUAUUUUCUCACAGAUUACCCUGGUAUAUGGUUUAGUAAAAUAGCCACCCAUAGAAGCAUUUUUUGUGCAAAAGCCACCCACCAUAGGAUCAACAUCCCACCAGUGUGAACCACCCAUAGAUUUUUUAAAAACUGCCUUCCCCUUGUACCCCAUGUGUUUAAAUGGAACAGCUCUAAAUGUUUCCACAGAGAAAUCUGAUAUAAUCAUGAGGAAAAAAAGGUGGCUAUUGGAUAGGGCUGUUUAUUACAUGCAUUUAUUGAGAAUUCUUUUAAACAAUGAUAAUGAUAUUUACUUGUCAGAAAAAUUAUUAGAGCUCUAUCAGGUGUCAAUUGAAAAGUCUAAACAAAUCUCUGUUGAAGCAUUUUCUAUGAUUUUGUAUGCGUACAUUGUUUGUGAUAAUUUAGUAUUACAACAUGCCUAAAAUAUGGCUUGGUAUUUAUACAUUCCAAUAUCAUGAAGUAAUUCUAUUGUCCACCUGUCAAUAAAGUAUGUUUGUUAAUUACAUUAUGAUUAUUAAUGAUGCAUAUUUGCAUGGGAUAAAUAUUGAUUGUAAGUUUACUAUGCUGAUGCUUGCCUGAAAGUGUAUGUGUCCUAUUAUUUAUUUUCUACCUAUGAAUAAAUUUCAUGUUUGUUGAUAAUAUAUAAUUACUUAUGAUACAUAUUUGCAUGGGAUAAACAUUAAGUAUGAGUUUAGUGUGCUAUUAGCUGUGUAAAUAUGUAUAAGCAUUUGUAGUGUAAUAAAAAUUGGCACAUUUUCUGCUUAAGGUAGUCAAAGUUAGGCCAAUAGAGUCCUGUUGAAUUGUAAUUUAUGCAAGGUGGGUUUUUUUUUUCUCCAGUGUAUUCAUGUAGCAUUGUAUUUAUUGAUUUAACAAAGAAAUUGUUAGAAACAGUGAUAUUGAUAUGUGAUACACCAUCCUGUCCAUUGUUUUAUAGAAUUCAUUCUAAACUACACUAUGCUAAAUAAAAGAUGUGAUUAAUGCAUCAAGAAUGGA